GAGACUCGUCUUACCAGUUUUGAAGAAGCUUUCGCAGGAAGAGUAUACGAGGUGUCCUAAGAGCGCUAGUGACGUUAAAUAAACUGGAAUAUAAUGUGUAAUUAUCACAACUGGUGAAGUAAUAUCCCUUGAUAAUAGAUAUUCAAGAUAACUAUCGGACAAGUGCUAAACUAACCCUAGAGGUAAGAUUAAGGCUGGUGGUGCAAUCGUGUUGCAGUUGAAUGAAGUGCUAGCAAGUUCCAGUGAACACUAACCGGUUAUUAGUGAGCGUUCAAAUGAAUUGAUUUGCUUAACUAGAGUUUAUUGGACACAGAAUUACAUGUGCUGGACUUAUCGAUGAACGGCAUUGUGUUGCAUAAGGAUCAUAUGGCGGUGCCAUGAGCAGUUCAACCGCCAUGUGCUGGUGGCGGCCUCUCUGCCCAUCGGCGGCCCUGGCGCGGCCCUGUUGCUGCACCCCUCGGACUCAGGUGGGGAGUGUGGGGAACCGUGGCCGGCGAAACCGUAACCUGCUACCUGGAGGCUGGUGUCACCCGCACCUCCUGUUGUGGGUGCUCUGCUGCGUGCUACUCCUUGGGGUGAGUGCCUCAGCGUCGACCACAGAUGAGCUGCAGAAAGAGCUACUAAAGUUCCUGGGCAUGAGAAAACCUGCCCAGCAUGCUGUGCCCACCAGGGUACCGCAGUACAUGCACCAGCUGUACAAGGAACAGCAAAUAUUCAACCACGCUGCCCCUCAAGCGACAGACUUCCACUACAGACAUGCUGUACCCCCUGACACCGUCCGCAGCAUCGCUAACAUCACCGAAAUAGAGGACGUGAAGAACGUACGCCCAGGCGUAGGGCGCAUACGCAUCAAGUUUGCGCUGGAUGGUCUGUCGUCCAGCGAGCGUCUACACACCGCCCAGCUGCGGGUCACCCACUCACCCGACGCGGGCGCGGGUGAAGACCUGGGGCACGACCACCCCAACAGCGUCAUGGGCAACUUCGUGGACUACGAUAAGCACAAGUACAAGAAAGAACAACUUCCCUACAUGAAUUACAUCAGAGUGUACGAUGUAGUACGCACCUUAGAGGAUGGGGACAUCGUGUUGAGGUUGUUGGACACGGUGUUGGUAGACCGAAGGGAGUCAGGGGUGUUGACGUUGGACGUUGGUCCAGCGGUAGAAAGAUGGGUACGUAAACCACACAUGAAUAAUGGACUCGUUUUAGAAAUGGACCCGUUCAAUAAAAACGAAUACUCUAGAAGUUCCGAUAGUUUUGACAAACUAGAAAUGUCUCGUUUGCGUAUAAGAAGAGACGCACACACCGACAACAACACCUGGCAUGAGGUCAGACCUUCAGUCGUGGUGUUCUCUGAUGACGGGAAACCAAAACAGAGGGUAAAGCGCGCCAAACCUACGGCGCCUUACGAAAAGUGCCGAAGACAUCCACUCUAUGUCGAGUUCAAACUAGUGGACUGGCAUGACUGGAUUGUUGCGCCUCCAGGAUAUCAAGCUUUCUUCUGCGACGGCGAAUGUUCUUUUCCUUUAAGUGAACACAUGAACGCUACAAACCACGCAAUUAUUCAGACGUUGGUGAACUCCAAGUACCCAGAACGCGUACCCACGGCGUGCUGUAUACCCACGGAGCUGUCGCCUAUAUCCCUGUUGUAUGUUGACGAGUUCUCGAAUGUAGUUCUUAAGAACUACCAGAAUAUGGUAGUCGAGGCGUGUGGCUGCCUUUAGUUGGAAGUGGUUCUUUAGAAUUGCAGUCGUUAGAAAAUCGAUUUUAUAUUUUUAGAAAUGUCUUGGGGGUUUGAAAAUGUCUUUAGGGAUUUCACUUGGCGCUUUUAUUAAAAAUCGUUGAUCUUGUUUUAGCAUUACCGUCAAUGGAUAUUAUCUUGAACUAUUCUCUAGAAUCCUUCCGUUUAAAAUGAUUUCCUGAAGCUGCCGCUCUCCGUUUUAGAGUCCGUAUCUCUCUAGGGUUGCAGUGGAACUAACCUAUUAUUGUGUCCUGCGAUUGUCAGGCUACGGUGAAACCAAGUUAAUGAUUAUUGUUGCAAAACAAUAAUUUCUUUUUUUGUAUAAACUAAUUUGCUCAUAAAUCCUUUCCAAUUUCGCAAAUUUCGUGGUGAGCAGCAGCUUGCUUUGCUUUUUUGCAAAAUCAUGCGGUGAACGGCAGCAACUUGUGAAUAUGUGGAGAAUUUAAAAAAAUUUCAUCACAUUUCUGCGAUUUUGCGGUAACAUUUGGGGGGUUAUCACGUAUGUAUGUGUACAUGUUGCGCUUGAGAAUGUGUACAUGUUGCAUAUGUUCAGGUUUUCAAGUUUACCACAUUAUUUGUCUUGUCAACGUCGCGGAGUGACAGUCGCUCACUGUAUUACAGUCGAACGUCAUGUACAGUAGGUUGAUGUAGCCCACAUUCUAUCAUGUUAAUUUACUUCAUAUAUGCAAGUUACCCUCUAUUUUAAAACUAAUAAACAUCAUUUGUAAUGUGUUCACGAUGACGUGAACUAUACUCAUAUAAUGUAUGGGUCAACUUGUUCAAUUAGUGACAUGCUUUUUUACCCACCGCUCGAGCUGAGUGCGUACGCAGCAUUUUGUCCGGGUAAUCUGGGACAAAUGACGCAUACAAGUUGAAAAAAGUUUAUCGAUAUUUGGACAUAAUCUCACACAUUUCUCCUACUAGACGCAAUAGUGGACUCGUAAAAUUCCAUCAAGGAAACUUGAUGCGUUUUUCGUGCAAAAAAUCCCCUACUAUCUAUAUCUUCGUUCGUUCAUGAGGAUUGACUAACUGUUGUGUAAUUCGGAAAAAUAAAUUUAAUGAACAUUAUUCAUGGAGUGGCUGGCCAAUUCCGUGUUCAUUGAAGGGAAAUUUUUGUAUAUUGGUAGUGUAUUUCGUAAGGGUUGGAUAGGGGGGGGCAUAUGAAAAAUAGUUCAAUAUAAUUAAAGUGAAAUAAAAAGUGAUUGUGGCGAGUAAGGGUAAUUGUGUGGAGUAAGAAAAUUGUGUGGAGUAAGAAAAUUGUGUCCAGUAGUAAAAGUAAUUGUGUCGAGUAGUAAGGGAAAUUGUGUCGAGUAGUAAGGGAAAUUGUGUCGAGCAGUAAGGGUAAUUGUGUCGAGUAGUAAUGGUAAUUGUGCCGAGCAGUAAGGGUAAUUGUGUCGA